AUUAAUUCCUAGUUCGCAGCAAAGCUGGCCACACUACGAUUCCUUUUUUGCACUCAAUAAAAAUUGUUUGUCAAAACGAUCAUUUGCAACUGUCAGAUCUGUCACCCGACUGUCAAAGUUUCGUAAAGCAAACCUUAACGCCUUAACCUCACUUUUCAACUCGGCUCAAAAGUGUUGUAAUACAUCUCCAAAAACAACUCCAAAUCUUUUAAAACACUCAAUUUAAUUGAGUUCCAACCAUGAGUACCAUUUUAGAGAAAAUCGCCGCAAUCGAGUCCGAGAUGGCCAGGACUCAGAAAAACAAAGCCACGGCCCUACAUUUGGGGCUCUUGAAAGCCAAACUGGCUAAAUUAAGAAGAGAACUGAUUACCCCGAAAGGAGGCGGCGGCGGAACUGGAGAAGGUUUUGAUGUGGCCAAAACUGGUGAUGCGAGAGUAGGAUUUGUAGGGUUUCCCUCUGUAGGAAAAUCUACCUUACUAAGCAACCUAGCUGGAGUAUACUCGGAGGUGGCCGCAUACGAGUUCACCACACUCACAACUGUACCAGGGUGUAUUAAAUACAAAGGUGCCAAAAUCCAGUUGUUGGAUUUGCCAGGAAUUAUUGAGGGAGCCAAGGACGGCAAGGGUCGUGGUCGGCAAGUAAUUGCCGUAGCGAGGACUUGCAGUUUAAUUUUCCUUUGUCUUGACGUGUUAAAACCGUUGGUGCACAAAAAGCUGAUCGAGCACGAGUUGGAAGGGUUCGGAUUGCGCUUAAAUAAGCAACCGCCAAAUAUUUAUUUUAAAAGAAAAGAUAAAGGAGGCAUUAAUUUGAACUGUAUGGUGCCCCAAUCUGAACUGGAUUCGGACACAGUAAAAUCAAUUCUAUCUGAAUACAAAAUCCAUAAUGCGGAUGUAACUUUAAAAUAUGACGCCACCACUGAUGAUUUAAUUGAUGUGAUUGAGGGCAACAGGAUUUACGUGCCCUGCAUAUACAUUUUAAAUAAAAUCGAUCAAAUUAGUAUUGAAGAACUGGACGUUAUUUAUAAAAUACCCCAUUGUGUACCCAUAUCGGCACAUCACAGAUGGAAUUUUGACGAUUUAUUGGAGAAAAUGUGGGAAUAUUUAAAACUUGUAAGAAUAUAUACUAAGCCAAAAGGACAAUUACCUGAUUACAAUUCGCCAAUCGUAUUGCAUUCAGACCACACUUCUAUUGAGGAUUUUUGCAAUAAGCUCCAUAAAAGCAUAGCAAAGGAAUUUAAGUAUGCUCUAGUUUGGGGUUCAUCUGUGAAACACCAGCCCCAGAAAGUUGGUUUGGAACAUAUCUUAAACGAUGAAGAUGUGGUGCAAAUCGUCAAAAAGGUUUAAAAUCCACAAGAACAAAUUAUAUAAUAUGUUUUAUGAAUGAACCCUCCUCUUUGUCUUAAUAAAAGUGUUUACAGUUA